AUGGGAUGUACUGCGAGUGUAGCUGUGGAUGAAGAAGAUCCUUUUCUUGCUGAUGAAAGGAUUAAUGAUGCUAUUAAUCAAAGAUUACUGCAAUCCAAAAAAGCUCAUAAGAACGAGAUCAAACUUUUAUUGUUAGGGGCUGGAGAAAGUGGGAAAUCCACCGUUCUUAAACAGUUGAAAGUUUUACAUAAAGGAGGUUUCACUCAACAAGAAAGAUUACAAUAUAGUAAUGUCAUUUGGGUGGACACUAUUCAGUCAAUGAAAAUCUUGAUUGUUCAAGCUAAAACAUUGGGUAUUCAGUUAGAAUGUAACAAUAAAGAUAGUCCGUUGGCCAAGUAUAAAAAAAUCAUAUUGAAAGCUAAUGCGCUACAACAAAUCGAUACCUCAAUUGCAGGUGGUGAUAAUUUCCUAAAUGAUUAUGUUGUAAGGUACAGUGAGGGUAAUAAGAUAAAACGACGCAAAAAUAGUACUGGGUUAGCCAACAGUUCAUUUUUCACCCAAGAUAGGGAUGAUGACAGUAAUAUCUUGGAUUAUAAUGAAUUAAUUGAGAAUGGUGAAGAUUUUAGUAGAGACGAUGUAGCUGAAAGUAUCGAUAUGUUAUGGAAGUAUGAUACUGGAAUUCAACAAUGUUUUGCCAGAUCCAAUGAAUUCCAAUUGGAAAGUAGUGCCAAAUAUUAUUUCGAAAAAGUAUAUAAUUUUGCUAACCCUGGGUAUAUUUGUAAUGAUAUAGAUAUUUUGAAAGGAAGAAUCAAGACCACCGGGAUAACAGAAACCAAUUUCAAUAUAAAUUCUUUCAAAUUCAAAGUUUUGGAUGCUGGAGGUCAAAGAUCGGAAAGAAAAAAAUGGAUUCAUUGUUUUGAUAAUAUUACUGCCAUUCUUUUUGUUGUAGCUAUAAGUGAAUAUGAUCAAAUGUUAUUUGAAGAUGAACGAGUUAAUCGAAUGCAUGAAGCCAUCAUAUUAUUUGAUUCUUUAUGUAAUUCACGGUGGUUUAUCAAUACUCCAUUUAUCUUGUUCUUAAACAAGAUUGAUUUGUUUGAAGAUAAAAUCAAGAAGAGUCCUCUUUCUUUUUACUUCCCUGAUUUUAAAGGUAACAAUGAUAAUUUUGAACAAUGUAUCAAAUUCUUCGAACAAAUCUUUAUGAAGAUUAAUAAAACCCAAAAGCCUAUUUAUGUUCAUAGAACUUGUGCAACUGACUCCACAUCAAUGAAAUUUGUGCUUUCAGCAGUAACAGACUUGAUCAUUAACGAAAACCUUAGGAAAUCAGGAUUGAUUUAG